AUGACAGAGCACACCGACUAUCUGCAGACAAUCAAGUCUGUUAGAGAGACCAAUUCGUUCGUUAAGAAGCUUCUGGAGAAGAAUGAGCUGGUGAACUUCAAUGUGGAUCUCACACAGUUAGACAGGGUGGUCGAUUACGUGGCGAACACCAUAAGGGGAUCGUUUCCUACUGAGGAAGAUUUCCUCAAAAUUCCCAUCCAUGGGAGAUGGCAGCAUUUCGAGGUUGGUGAGAUACCAAGGAUCAGCAAGUUGAUUGAGAACGAAUGGUCUGGCUUGGAUAACAUGAGUAUUUGCAAGAAACUGAUAGACAUCUUUAUCGUCAGUGUUUUACUGGAUGCUGGCGCUGGGAAUGAGUGGGAAUUUGAGGAAAACGGAGUGAAGUAUGGUCGUUCAGAGGGGAUUGCUGUUGCUUCUCUCCACAUGUUCAAAAACGGUAUCUUCAGCUCCGAUCCAAGUGAUCCGUUCAAGGUUAACGGUUCAGCAUUGGCUCAGCUCACAGAAGAAAGUCUUGCGAAAGGGUUCCAAGUGGGUCCUGGAAAUUCAAUUGUGGGAUUUGAUGGUCGUCUGAAGCUACUGAGGACACUGGGUCAAACGUUGUGCUCAAAUCAGACGAUCUUUGGCACAGACGGCAGACCAAGCAAUAUCGUUGACUACUUGAUUUCUCUUCCAGAUACGAAGAAAGUCUCGGGAGUAUUCACAGUUGAUCUCCAGCAACUAUGGUGGUGCUUAAUGACUGGUCUGAGUCCCAUCUGGCCCGAGGAGGGAAGAAUUAAGGUGGAAGGAAAAACCAUAGGUGAUGCUUGGUUUUCCAAAGCAAAGUCCAGGGAAGUUGGAACAGGAAACCAGGAGGAGUGGAAAAAAGUGGUUACCUUCCACAAGCUCACUCAAUGGCUAACAUACUCUUUGUUUCUACCCCUUCAAAAAUAUGGCGGAGUCAAGAUCGAGCAUGCAGAGCUCAUGACAGGAUUACCCGAAUACAGAAACGGGGGUCUCUUUUACGAUUUUGGGGUGAUUUCCUUGAAUAAGGAUGCAUUAGAUCUCGGUCUGGACCGUUCUAAAAGGAACGGUUCUGAUGAAAGUAUCCCCACAUUUACUCCAGAGAGCGAUGUGAUUGUUGAGUGGAGAUCCUGUACCAUAAGUCUGCUUGACAUGCUUCUACCGCUGGUGAAUGACAAGCUAAAAGUGACUGGAACCAAAUACGAAUUGAGUCUGCCUCAAUUGAUUGAAGCCGGUAGUUGGAAAUCUGGUAGACUUAUAGCUAAAGAGCUGAGACCUGGAACCGGCGGACCCCCUAUAGAGCUCGAAGCUGAUGGCACUGUGUUCUGA